UGAAACCGGGUUUGGGAAAUCCCGGUUCCGGGCCGGGUUUCUUCUGCUAAAUUUCCCGUUCCCGAUUUUUCCAAAAUUCUGCUCUCUAGUUGAAGCUGGUUUUCACACGUGCGUCAACGGGCUGAUAUUUCUAUGCUAGUAAAUAUUUUCUUUUUUUUAUUUUAUGGAAUGAUCCAAAAAUAAUUUUGACAUUUUACUUCAAUCAAACUAUUUUCUAUCAACGUUUUUCUUUUAAAAAAUGAGUGGAAAACAGCCACCAAAACAAAGUUUUCAUCCAAUAAAAAAUGAAAUAAUUGAAAGCGAACCAAUUCCCGGUACUUCAUCCACAAAUUUACAAAAUUUGACAGACUUGAGAAUUCGUAAUUCUUUAAAUACAAUUUUAAUUCAGCCAAAUAAUCAAGAUGUUUUGGCUAGUUCGCAAAUGAGACCUCCAAAAGCAGACUUGACUAAUUUUUGGUGUUUGGUUUAUUAUUAUGAAAUGAAUGAACGAGUUGGUGAAGUUUUCAAGUCUGAAUGGAAACAGGAAUUGAAUGAAAAUCCACAGCUUAUAAUUGAUGGAGGUGUUUGUGCUUCAGCAGAAAAUACUCGUUUUUGUUUGGGUGUUAUUGGGAAUAUUAAUAGAAAUCCUUUUGUUACAAAAGUUGGCCGUUCAAUUGGAAAAGGGAUUCGAUUAAAUCAAAAAGAUGAAAAUAUUUAUUUGGAAUCCCUUAGCGAUUCUGCUGUUUUUGUUCAAUGCCCUCUUUUUGCACGUAAAAAUGGUGAUGAAUUAGCCACUGUUUACAGACUUAAAGCAAGUGAUGUUUCUACCUCUUCCUCUAAUGGAUCGAGUAUUUUUUUAAAAUUAUUUUUAAAGAAUUUUUGA